AUGGACACCGAUAUACAGCUCACUUCGGAUGACGUCCGACGACUUCUGGAACUCUUCUCCAUCUGUCACUACAAGACCAGAGAUAACGACAAGAGAAGUGAUUUGAUCCAAAAGAUAUGCACAAAUCUGUUUCGCAAGGAUUACAAGGACUUAGAGAUCAUAAGCAACGACAACGGAGAGUUGGCCACCAGUUAUCCAUCCAAACUCAUUAUACCGCAGAUCAGCGACGACCACAAGUGCUCAACGCAUUGCACACCCCAUUCGUGCCAUCCGUGUCCUCAUAUGACUAACACCGAGGCCUGGGAUGAAGUGGACUCCUGUCAGUCACCCAUCAAACGAUGCAAUACUUUGACCAAUGAAUCCGUGGCAAAGGAUCGGACAUUGAGUUCAUAUAAUUGUGUUAAAAGUUGUAAUGACUUGAAAGCAAACAAACGUUUGGAUAUUAAUAAACUCAAAGAGUUGAUCAGUAGAGCCCGAGUGGCCCGAUGUAGGGCUCGGUUCCCGAUUCCCGUCAUUCUAUACAACGAUAAGUAUAUCUGCCGUUCGGCCACUCUAUCGGGCGGUCCCGAGAUCUACGGCCGCUCGGGGUUUGACUAUUUGUUUAAUGACAGGAAUAACAGUGAAGUGGACACUGAUUUGUCUCAUAACAAUAUGACCGCCCGUUUGUCGGACAGUGAGUUGACGUCCACUUCAAAUCCGGGAUUGUCUUCAAUCAGUGAUACGAGUCAUCUGUUUUCCAAAGUGAGAAACAGAGACAUCGAACUCUUGAAGUAUCUGUCGGUCGGAUAUAUCUGUGAUUUAAUGGUCGAGAAGAAGAAAGUGAAGUUUGGGAUGAAUGUGACGUCAAGUGAGAAGGCGGACAAAGAGAGCCGAUACCAGGAGUUCAACAUAAUGUCUUUGCCAUAUCCCGGCUGUGAGUUCUUCCGGGACUAUCGCGACAACGGGUAUUCAGCCGAAGGACUCGUUUACGACUGGAAGCAGCACUUCGUUGACGCGGAUCUAAUUGUUCCCAACAAUGACAACAUCUGCGAGCGAUUGAACAUCGAUUGGAAACAAUACCGCAAUUGGGAUGUCAUUAGAUUAACGCAAAACUAUUUAAAACUGUUAUUACUUUACUUCAAUCAAAGCGAUUCAUCCAUUUUAAUCCAUUGCAUCUCCGGUUGGGACAGAACUCCUCUCUUCACAUCACUAUUAAGGCUCUCUCUAUGGGCUGACGGAAAGGUUCACCAAAAUCUCAGUCCAAUCGAAAUCUUAUUUUUAACCAUUUCUUACGAUUGGUUUCUCUUCGGACAUAAUCUGAACGACAGACUCAGCAAAGGAGAAGAGAUUUUAUUUUUUUGUUUUUAUUUUCUUAAAUACAUCACAUCUGAAGAGUUUUCUAUUGAUUUCCUGACAAACAAUUGCUGUAAAGAACGGAAACCAAGUGUUGACCAAACAAUUGGAAGCGAUCUUCUACUCGAAGAUCACCAAAAUUCAGCCAAAUAUGGCGGCAGUUCAACGAGUUUGAACAGUAGUUGCAGUUCUGCGAGCACUAGGAGUCACGACAACUGUCCGCCGAUGUAUUUCCCGCUCUACAGCACCGGCGAAGACUUGUUCUUGAAAACGGAUUCCGAUUCCAACAGCUCUUACGGCAAAACGCCUCCGACACUGACCAACAGUGAAGAGGGCUCACAGAUGUUCUCCAGUAAUCAUGUGAUCACUUCUAUACUGAAGAGAUGUGAUGAACCGCUCAAACAUAUCUCCAAUUCACCCAAAUUGGCAUCAAAUGGCUGUAACUCGAGAACCACAGAACCGGUCGCUAUUCCUGUGCAUAAAAAAUUGGCCAAUAAUGUGGACAACGGGUUAUCAUCGCUGAGCCGGAGUGACAGCUGGCAGAUAGUGUCAGACACGGGAAGUAUACGCGAGAGUUCAAUGCGUUACUCGUCUCCCGACUCUCUAUCGUCGCCCAAAGCUAAUGGCAAUUCUGCGGACACUUCUUCGGGCAGUAAUUCGGACCCCUUUGAGAUGAAACACUCGGUUCACUCCAACACAAAGAGGGAACCGAAGGUGGGAAAGGAUUUUCCAAAAACAAAUGGUAUGCGAAAAGAGAGACUCCAAGCGGUGAGAAGUCUCUUCUAUAACUCGUAUUCGUCGGCCAUUGGAUUCAAGUUCAAGAACGGCGCCGACAACUCGACCCGAUUGGCAACACUUAUUGAUCAGUUCGCCGGUCUAUACUCUAGUAGAGUGACUGCCCCUCAAUAG